GCUGCCUCCCGUACCGUAGAGAUGGAGUUCAAAAAAUCGACUUUGUCUUUGCAGUUUCACUGUCUGGUAAUAUUGACCAAACGACGACCUUGACGACGAACAUCAUUCGUCAAAUUGUCAUGCGAUAUGGCAUCUACCGAUUCCACUACAGUGUCAUCGUCUAUGGAAGUGAUAUUGACACUGCUUUUGACUUUGGAAGCAUCUUACCAAACAAACAAUCUAUCCUGGAUGCAAUUAUGAACAUAAAAAGAUAUGACCUAGCGACGCAAGCUAAUGACAAACUUGCGUUUGAUCAGGCACGGGACAUUUUCACAACAAAACCAACGAGAAAAGAAGCAAGGAAGGUACUAGUAGUCAUCACGGAUAAACAAUCAAGUAAUAGUCCAUCGGAACUGGAAAAAGCAAGGAUGGGUCUCGAUCAAAUCAAUGCUUCUAUAGUUGCAGUCGGUAUAGGUUCACAGGUUACUUUGCAUGGACUGUUUGAUUAUACGGUCAUUAAAGAAAACGUCAUUCACGUUCCAUCUGGUGGUGUUAGCUAUUUGUUGGCAGAAGAAAUAAUUCACAAAAUCUCAAGAGGAGCACCAAAAUUCACUAAAAUUCCUUCCAGUGUCCUGCAUGUUGUGGAAGGUGGUAAUGCCAAACUUGUCUGGGAAUAUGAACAUCCGAAGAAGAAAGAGGAUCAAAAUUCUUUGUCCCUUCAGUGGGAUUUUUAUAGCAAAAAUGGUUCACGAACAGAGAUUGCUACUGCACAUGCAAAUUCCAACUGGGAAUUCAAGUUGAGCUCGACUUGUCCAAAAAGGUUACAAAACCCUACUCGAGUGAGUAAAGCCAACCCUGCAACGUUCUUUAUUUUCAUUGUGACAAGAGCUGACGRUGGGCAAUAUGGUUGCACGAUUCGGAUGAAGAAUUUAACGACUACUACUUUAGUGAGACUCGUGGUUACAGCUCACCCUCAGUUCACUAUUCGCCCACCACUAGUGAUGUACAUCAAUGAAGGUCAGGAUCUUUACAUACAAUGUGAAGCACAGGGACCUCCAGUACCCAUGGUUACGUGGUAUCAGAACUUAGGUGCCGCGAGGGUGUUAAAAAGUCAAGGUCUAGGAAAAGCUUCUUUGAGUAUACCCAAGAUCAAAAGGGACCAGAAUGGGACAUUUGAAUGUCAAGUAAACAACAACCCAAACGAGAUGCCUGUCACAGCAAAAACGACAUGUUAUUGUCAAUUGGGAUCAACGAUCAAUUGCAAGAGAAUGCAGCAAAUCUACGGUAACUGGUCUCGCUGUAAUUGUUGUGCUGUUAGUAUUGGCAGUCGCAGUCCUAGUUGCUUAUAUUUGCCUUAAACGACAGAAGGAAGUUAAAAUUUUACAAAGAAAACAAGACACGAGAAAUGACAGUUCAAAUGGAAAUAUUAUCGUUGAUUCGAUGUCGUCUUCACAAGAGGGAUCCGCCACCAGGAUUCCAAACCCAAGACCAACAUCAGCUGUCCAGGAAGGUACCUACGAGGAAACUGAUACAUAUGACUACGUUGCAGGUGCCACAAUGUCACAAUGUCGUGAGAAUGCCAAUCCAGUCCAUACCAAUAACCCAAGAACUGUACCUGUAGCACGCACCUCACCGGAACAAAGUGAUCGACAUCCUGAAUACUCCAAUAGCUUAGAGUUAUUUCCGGUAACGCCACGGCAAGUAGAAAGAACUGACCUUCAAUCUCGGGAUCUUGAUAUCUACCAAGAUCUUCUUAAAAAUAAUUCUUUUCCGCUUUAUCAAUCGCUUAACUCGGGAGAACCGUCAGAUGGAGCAGCACCUGGAGAUGUGUCAAUAACAGUAUAGCUGGUAAAUGAUUCUCAAAAAUAUCAUUAUCAGCCUUCCGGUGAACGGAUAACAUUGCCCGGCGUCCAGCAUAAAUCUGUGUAUACAUUAUAUUUGGUUUCAAUUUAUUUUUAUUUUUAUUUUUCAUUCUAUUUUUUUAUUGUUACAACACUUACCAUUCACCUGAGACGACGUCCGAUCUGGAUGACAACAUUAUUUUAAACUGCACACUAAAACACUAUCAAUCUGGCCGAUCAAUAUCAUAUCUUUUCAUAAUGAUUUUAUAAUUGGUUUUAAUGUGCUGAUAAAACUAUCUAGCUAUCUAGCUAAUAGCAUAACUUCAA